CAUCUCAGGUGCUUCGAGCAUUGAAGACGGAUUCCCGCCUGGCCAACAACGGCUUGCCUCCUGACAUUCAGAAGCUGCGCUGCCGGGUGCACUUUGAGGCGCUGCGCUUUGCGCCACACAUACAGGCGUUCGGAGAGGAGCUAGUGCGGCGAGUACGUAAGGACGGCCCCUAUGUGGCGCUGCACCUGAGAUACGAGAAGGACAUGCUGGCCUUCAGCGGGUGCUCCCAUGGGCUGACCCAGGCACAGGCAGACGAGCUCACUGCCACCAGGCGCGCCACAAAACAGUGGCGUGUGAAGGACAUCAACGCGGCGGAGCAGAGAGCGCAGGGCAGCUGCCCCAUGACGCCCCGCGAGGUGGGGCUGCUGCUCUCCGCGCUGGGCUUCCCCAAUCACACCCGCCUCUACAUCGCCGCGGGGGAGAUCUACGGUGGAGAGGACACGAUGAAAGAUCUACGGGCCAGAUUCCCAUUUAUUGAGCGCAAGGAGACCCUAGCAACCGCAGAGGAGCUAGCACCUUUGGCAGCCCACCAGAACGCUAUGGCGGCGGUUGACUACCUGGUGUCGGUGCAGGCAGACGUGUUCCUUGCCACUUACUCUGGCAACAUGGCUCGUGCUGUGGAGGGGCACAGGCGGUUCCUGGGGCAUAAGCGAACCAUCUCGCCCGAUAGGAAGGGCCUGGUGCGGCUGAUCGACCGGCUGGACCGGGGAGAGCUGCAGGAGGGGCCCGCAUUCUCUGAGCUCGUGUACCUGCUGCACAUGCACAGGCAGGGGGCUCCGCGGCACAGGAAGGGCCCGCUACCAGGCGUGAAGAAGAAGGACCGGCAUCGGUCAGAGGAGGCGUUCUACGCCAACCCCCUCCCCGACUGCCUGUGCCAAGCCAAGCCCGAGACGCUUGGUGGGCGAGCCAUACUGUUCCGGGAAAGGGGAGGGAAGGGAGGUCGGUACGCAGCGAGGUCACUUUGAGGUUGCCGGCAUCUGUGUCGUAUACAUAGUGGAAUCUCCUCUGUGCGUGAUGUUGUGUUACUGUGAGAACGAACUUGGCGUUACAGCAUCACCUUCCUCCUGUCAUAGCCACUGGAGCUGGCCGAGAUGUACAGCUGUAUUGAUACUAAGUGGCAAGUGGUGCACUUGGUGACUGUAAUCAGGUAUUGCUAGUAAUGAUCAUCGCCGAGGUGUGACCUGCAGCCUCUUGUUGGAAAUAUCUCAAAGGACUUAAGCGUUUCU